AUGGCUAACUGUAUUGUUAUUCACGCUCAAAUAGCCUCCAUCAUGGAGGUGCUAGCGAAUGCAGCAGUGGCAGAGGUCUGUAAACUCGUAGACGACGACUAUGCAGUGUUUCGUUUGGAAAUAACUCAAAGCCAGAAAGAAAACAGGGCAUUGCGGAGGAAACUACAGCUACAGGAACUUAAGGUGUCACGAGAGGUGGCAAUGCGAGAGCGCGUCCUUGUCAGUCGUCCAAGAAGUGUGAAGAUCCUCGACCAAUACAGAGGAAUGGCAAGAGGUGAAGGACAUCUCAAUGGAGGCCACAGAAGCUUUGUGACUCCAGCGGAACACAAUACAUGGAGAGAUGACCAACCAAUCACUGUUGACGAGGGGAGUGGAACCUCAACCCAGCACGUUAUUGUGAUAGAGUCUGCAAAUACAGAGGCUGCAGGUCCUGGGGUCAAGCAGGAGAGGACUGAAGGAGAGGAGAACCCAACUGAAGCGGCAGGAGCGGUCCCUGUAGCUCCGGAGGAUCCCACUGCCUCCCUAGUGCAGCCCAGGACCAGACGCAGCAUCACGGAGGAUGAGGGUCCAGAGGUGCUGCUGGUGAAGGAUGAGAGCUGUGAGGAGGGUCUGGGGAACCCGGAGGGGACCAUGGUCAUGGAGGACAACCAGCCUACACCUCCUCCUGAACCCCCAGAGAAACCAUCUGAGCAGCACAGGACCACACACGGUCUCACUGAGUCAGUAGACAUGGAGGAAGGGAAGCCUGAUCUGCUGCUGGUCAAAGAGGAGACAAUAGAAGACGGACCAGAGAGCAUUGAUCUGUUGAGUGGACUAAAGAUGGGGGAGCAAGGUGGUUUGCUGGAGGCUAAAAGAGGAGACAUAGUGGCCAUAUUGGAUUCCCAGACUGGUGCAGCCAAGAGCCCAGGGGAUGACAUCACAGAGCAGGCUGGGGCCAAAAGCGACAUAGUGGAGGUCAGUGGAUGGGACAGCGUCUUCAACUUCAGGCUGGGGAACAACACUGUUAACCACAACCAGAAACAGACAGUCAAACGCAAAACAACAACCAAACUUAGUCUCCAUGACAACAGACUGGCUGAGACCAGGACCAUGUUUAGAUUUGGUCUGCGGGGACCGGGAGGUGUCAGUAUGGGGCGGGAGAGAACAGACACAGACUCGGCUAGCGAUGCUCCGUCCUGCUCCUAUAGUUGUGAUUCAGAGAGACAGAUGGCACCUCAGGUUACCCCACAAACAGGUGCUGCCUUCAGCCAGCCUUCUAUGGGAUUUAUAAAAAACCCGAACUCAGACAAUGCCAGUACCUCAACACUAAAUGGCUACACAAGCCCAUUGACAAAUAACAGUAGUAGUAACUCUAUCAGUAGAUCCGGUGGCAAAGAGAAGUGCUUCCCAUGUUCAUUCUGUUGGAAAGUCUUCAGUUUCCGCAAACAGAUGGAGAGCCAUCAGAGGAUGCACACGGGGGAGAAACCGUUUGGCUGCCACCUGUGUGAGAAGAGGUUCUCCCACCAGCACCACCUGAAGAGGCACCAGCGGGUCCACACAGGGGAGAAACCCUACAGCUGCCCCCAGUGUGAGAAGAGGUUCUCCCACCAGCACCAUCUGAAGGCACACCUGAAGGUCCACACGGGAGAGAGGCCAUUCACCUGUACACACUGCGGGAAGAGGUUCUCAGAGAGGAGCUACCUCAGGAUACACCAGCAGAAAAUGCACAUGGCCCAUGUAUAGAGUAUAGUGACAUGUAAUGUCGUACUAGUUAGUUAGUUUAGUUAACUUUGUUGGUUUAGGAUGUAGUAGGGAACUGGAUGAGGUGAACUGAGAAAAUAAUGAGUAUGAUGAGGCAGAGUAGAUGAUAUGGUUGGUGGGAGGGUGUCUGUAAAAAUUCUUCACUGAUGUAAAGUGACAACCUGGUCUUAUUGUUUGAUGCUGGUGUUUUAUAAUGAGGAAAUGAUAGUGCCUGAGUUUUUACUUGACCUGAAGUAGUGAAGCUGUGUGUUAUGUUGAACCUUUUCCAAGGCGUUCUAAAAUUAAGUUGAUCAAAACGAGGGUAUCAGAUCAAAGUUAUUUUACUUGUCACAUGUAUAAUUGUGUGCAAUAAAAGUGCUGCACUUCA